CUUGUUUCUUCAUAGUCAUAUAUGAAAACUGACUUCUUCGGAUUCUCUCGUAGAUUUUGUAUAAAAAAAUGGCUGCGCCCUUAGGAGUGUUGUCGUUUCCAUUGGAACUGGAUCCCCACACUAUCCCAAACAAGGACAAGAAGGUGGUAGUGGUCUCCAUUAUUGGUAAGAGUGAACUAUGUGGGUUUGCCUCCAAAGCCUCCAUCCUCAACCCGCUGUUGGAGAAGGAUGUAUUCAAGUGUGUACCAGAGGCCCAGAAAUCAAAUACAGAAAAAGGAGAUGUGGAAUGCUACUAUGACAAUGAGGGUCAGGCUGUGUACCUCCAUCAUCGUAGUCUUUAUGAUGUCCACCGACUAGCCACAUUGUGUCAAAGACUGGUAGAAGCUGAGUCCACACAGGACCUAUUCUCACUCUGGCAAAAGGACGAGUACAAGAGCACUAAAACUCUACUGUGGAUGUUUAGUGUGUCCCAUAUUGUCUUGCUUUCACAUCCUGGGUCAUCGUUUGACAUCAGCUAUGUCCGGAUGUUUAGGACACUUGACACCAUAAGAUUGAAGUUACAGCAUUGUGUGACAGAACAGUUACAGGGCCUGCCUGUAUCCAAGGACUGGUACCACUCUGGGCGACCAUGUUCCCCACGUGUCUUGUUCAUCUUUAACAAGUCAGGCAAACAUGAAGCACUCUCUGAUGAUAACGAUACUGGAACAAUCAGUAAAAAAUCAUCUCUAGCACGUAAAUCCCAGCACAGCAUGGAGGAUCAGAUAUACCGCAUCCUGCGUAAGUCUAGAGUCAUCACUAAUAUCAGUAACAACUCACUGUUUGCGGUGCCAGCUAACCAGGAGUUUGUGUUCCUACAUGGCCACCAGCCUGAGGUAACAGACCCAGUCCAGCUGUACUUACAACAGCUCAGAAGUAACAGCACACUCAACAAAGACUCAGAUUCUCCCAGAAGUUAUCAGGCCAAUAGGAGGUCAGCACAGUCUGGUCCACAAGACGCCACAAGGUCGUCGUCACGGACACAGAGAUCAGGCAGCUGCUCCAAUUUUAAAGAAUUCCUGUCCCACCACAUAGAGACAGCAUUGGGACGUGGCUUUGAUGACAACGUGGGACGUAACCCUGUCCCACCCAUCUUUGAUGUGCCAAGUUGCCAGACCUGGUUCAAUGUUUCUUCAAAACUCUAUAACUUCUUCUUCGGGGGUACUGUCAGUGGAAAGGCACAGGCUACAUUUAACACCCUCAAAAGUCUUCUGGAGACGGAUAUACGCUUCUCCGAAAACCGGUGUAACAAGGUUCUACCCCUGGCUGAGGCGGCGUACCAGGAGGGUCUACCUACUCACUACAUCACCAACUUCCACCUGACCAAGUUAGCCCAGGCUCACCGUGUAUUUUACCAAUUUGCCCGAGGCCCUGCAUGUGAAAAGUACCUUAAACAGUUAGAAGCUGCCUGUGAAAAAUACUGGAAAAAUGGCCACCAGCUGUGUGAGGAAGUCAGUCUCACAGGGAACCAUUGUGUGAACCCAUUACAUCGACUUCCCGAGGAGGCGGAGAUGGAGGAUAAUGCACAUCUACCUGUGAUGUCUCACUCCAGCCAAAUGAAGACCAAGGCAGUGUGUAACUGUGGACGUAAGCAAGCCGACAAGGAUGACCCGUUUGACCACAAGGCAGCAAACUUUGACUUUUAUGAUGCCCUGGAGAAGUUGUGUUGUGUUGAACUGCAACAUAUUGAGAUGCCAGUGUUUCAGCCAAGUACCACAGAGGUACGGGCGUGUCAGCUCCUGACCACACCCGACAGUAAAACGGUCAACAAGGAUACAGGAGCCAAGCAGGACAUCAUCUCCGGAAUGACCAACCUGAGUCUGGCUCUCAGUCUAGGUCAAUCUGGUGCAAGCGACUAUUUUGGUCAUCAUGAAGGAACCAAUGGAGGCAGUUUAACCACAGAGGACUUACCAUCGAAGACACCUGAUCAGCAGUGCGAGACAGGUACGAGUGACCACUUGGAGGAAGUGAUUAGUAAAACACCUGAUCAUCAACAGGGCGGAACCGGAACAAGUGACCAUGAUGAGGUAACCAAGGAAGGGGCUGUAAGUGGAAACCAAAAGGAGACAGCUAAAUCUGGAGAAACAGCAGCUGAUGUAGUGAAGGAGGUAGGGGAUUCCCCAGUGGUCCAACAGAGUGAAGAGGUGGAACAAAGGGAGACAACUGCAGCUCCACAGGAUGACCUGGCUGAUUUAGGGAGUGAACACAUUGACCAUACAUCAGAUCCUGUCACAGAUUUACCAACCUGUACAGUGGAGGAGGUGAAGGACAUCACCAUGUCGGAGUCUGAACUGAUGGCCCUGCGACAACACUCUACAACAGAAUACCUGCCUGGGAUGCUUCACUCCGAGUCACCUCUCGGCCUGCUUCCAAAGUUCCCCUCCUGGGCGCUGACCUGUCUUGGCAAGAGCACUCUGUACUCCCACACAUUAGGUUUAGAGUUACCUGGUUUCCUGCAUGGAAGUAAUUAUCUCCUACCCUGGGAUAUCACUGCUAAAAUUGAAAAGGAAAAAUGGCCGUCUGUCGGGGAGAUGGCAUCAAGGAAGGGCAAACAGAAGAAAAUAAGUCCUAAAGAUGUUGGCGAGUUGAAUGUCCGUGUGUUCCUGGGAGAUGAAUAUGAAUGUCCACGUGGUCAUCGGUUUUUCUGUAGUGGCCCUGAGAAAAUAAUCAAGGUCUCCAAUACAAGUACUGUCAAGGACAACGCCACCAAACUGGUGAACCUAGACAUGCCACUCUACUGUUCCUGCCCCCACUGUAGGAGUUCCAAGGGCUACAUGGCUCAGCUGAUGCGACUCUAUAUCGUGACCCCAGACAGCCCCCUCAGAAUCACCCUCUGUCCCCAGAUACAGCCAGCACCCCCGCCCUGCCCCCAGUUUGGCCUCGGCCUUGAUGGACCUGUGGAACUGCCCCCUGGUGGACUCUGGUGUCUGCGUAUACCACACGUAUACAUGGGUGAUGCAGGUCCAUACACGAUGCCCUCUGACCCCCAGAGUCUACAACACUGUCACAUGCUGAAGGGGGUGUUUAACUACAAAGUUUCCUCCCCAGACUCCUGAAGGGAUUUUGAAAGGACUAUUACCCACUCAUGGGAUAUCUGAAAGGAAUUUGGAGGGACCAUUUCCCGCUCCUGGGAUACCAGAAGGGGUCUACACAAUUUUGGAAGGCAACUCCUCCUCCUAGGACCUCGAAGGUCUUGUCAUGGUUUGGGAGAGGUCCUCACCUACCUUAGGACACCUGAAGAGAUCUUCACAACUUAGGAAAGCGUCUCUUUCUCCUAGGUCUACUGAAGGACUAGUUACUCUUUUGGAGGGACCCUCUCCCGCCUGAAGGACUAGUUACUCUUUUGGAGGGACGCUCUAACACCUGAAGGACUAGUUACACUUUUGGAGGGACCCUCACCCGCCUGAAGGACUAGUUACUCUUUUGGAGGGACCCUCUCCCGCCUGAAGGACUAGUUACUCUUUUGGAGGGACCCUCUCCCGCCUGAAGGACUAGUUACUCUUUUGGAGGGACCCUCUCCCGCCUGAAGGACUAGUUACUCUUUUGGAGGGACCCUCUCCCGCCUGAAGGACUAGUUACUCUUUUGGAGGGACCCUCUCCCGCCUGAAGGACUAGUUACUCGUUUGGAGGGACCCUCUCCCGCCUGAAGGACUAGUUACUCUUUUGGAGGGACCCUCACCCGCCUGAAGGGAUUUAGUGAGACCAUAUCUCACUCCAAGGAAAACAGACCUUCACAAUUUUGGAAGAAGUCUCACUCCUAGGUCUGCUGAAGGACCUGCCACAAUAUGGUAGUGAUCAUCCGUCACUCCUCAAGAUACAAGAGGUAUUCCUCAAUCCCAGAGCUCGAAAAGGCCUGAUGAAUUACAAAAUUAGCCUCACUAACUGGGACUUUCUAAAAUUAUCCACACAGCAGAUGUGGAAGGUAUCAACCGUCACCAGGAUGUCAGGACUUUUAAUGUUGUCAACACCAGGCUUUAAGCUGAAGAAUGUGAUGACAAAGCGUGGGAGUAAGGAAGAAACCGGUCACUAUGGUUACAACAGAUGUGAAGGCAAGUCUACAUGCCGGUUGUUUAAUUUACUGUUGACUUAUUUAUUUACAGAAUAUUAAAUGUGUGUUUUUAAAUGAA